AUGGUGUAUUCCGUAUCAUUCGUUGCUUUCACAAUUGUCGGCGUCCUCUUCCAAUGGCUGCUCAAACUCUUUCGUCCAUCACAGGGGGGAGUACCCGAAAAGUCGAAAGUUCAGGAUGCCACUCACAAAGCACCGUACCCAUGCAAUGCUAUCAAGGGCAACCAAAAAUUCCGUAUCACUAUGGGAUUGCGGAGAUUGGACGAGAGGAAUUGGCUUACCGUCGAUAAAAACUACUUGAAGGAGCAUGAUGUCCGGAUAUCUCUGCUUCAAAACCAGAGAAGCCAGGUCAUUCAAUGUCUCCCGGAGUCGAAGAUUGCUUGUGCCGAGGCCCAGGAGGUCGUGGCAGAAUUUCUCUGUGAGAGAUUCCCUGAUAUGUUUCGAAUGAAAGAGGCGGCCGGUGUGAAGACAAUCUACAACAGCAAAACAGGGGAAAGUUUUGUCAUUGGCGAUGAAAACAGCGGAAUAGAUCCUCUUGAGACUGCGGUGCGUCUUGCUAUGGAGGACUUGAGUAUUCUUAUGAAGAACGAAGAAGGCGAAUACUACCUUGCUGCUAGUGCUACACUUUUUCCGGUUGGCUGGACAGUUCAGGAUCGAAUAGGAUGGACGAUCUCUCAGAUGCACGGCCCUGUGCCUGAAUGGAAAGAUAAAAUUGGGCAUUCUGUCAACAAAUUCUUCUGCCGGCUAACUCCUGAAUCGCCAAUGGAACGGUCCAAUUAUUUCUUGGAGACCAAGGAGCCAGACGAAGACUUGGGCGAUACUCUUUUUCGACCAUUGGGAUUGAACGAAGACCAACCUGGUCUUUCAAUUGAGGACAUCCUUCUUCGUCAGGAGCGCCAGACAUUCCGCAGGCUGCCCAGAACCGGCGCCCUUAUUUUCAGUGUCAAGACAACACUCAACACAUUCGAUGAGCUACCGGUGGAACAACUUCAAGCUCUCGCCACGGAAAUCCGCAGCUGGCCUGAGGAUAUGGCGAAGUACAAGGGACGCGAUAUUUGGGGCCAACGUGUGUUGGAUUAUUGCAUUCAACGAAGCAUUGUACCUGCGUAA